UUCUCCACUCCCUGCGUUUCCUGAGCGUGGCCAUGUCAGAGCCUGGCCUGGGGGUCCCCCAGUAUGUGGCUGUGGGGUACCUGGACAGGACCCCCUUCCAGCGCUACGACAGCGAGCGGGGCCGGGCGGAACCGCAGACGCCGUGGAUGGCGGCCGGAGCCGAGCCGGGAUAUUGGGAUGGACAGACCCAGAUCCACAGGGGGAACCAGCACGUGGCCAUCACCAACGUGGAGACGCUGCGGGGCCGGUACAACCAGAGUGGGGGUCUCCACACGCUGCAGCGGGUUUGUGGCUGUGACCUCCUGUCCAACGGGAGCAUCCACAGAACCCUUCGGUACGGCUACGACGGGCGGGAUUUCAUCUCCUUCGACCUGGGAUCCGGGAGCUUCGUGGCGGCCGACAGAGCUGCCCGGAUCACCCAGAGGUACUGGAAAUCCGAAGGGUACGAGGCUCUUCAGCACGAGCUGGCACAGAGCUGUGUGGAAGAGCUCCAGAAAUACAUCAGAUGUGGGCAGGAGGCGCUGGAGGGCAAAGAUCCCCCCAAUGUCCACGUGUCCGGGAAAGAGGAACACGGGAUCCUGACGUUGUCCUGCCACGCGUAUGGAUUCUACCCCGGGAUGAUCGGGAUCAACUGGCUGAAGGGGGAUGAAGUGCGGGAUCAGGAGACGGAGUGGGGCGGGAUCGUUCCCAACAGCGACGGCACCUUCCACAGCUGGGCCAGGAUCGAGGCGCUGCCGGGGGAGCGGGAGCAGUACCGGUGCCGGGUGGAGCACGCCGGAAUGCCGGAGCCCGGGAUCUUCGCCUGGGAGCCGAAAUCCGUCUGGAAUUCCAGCCCGGUGUUGGUGGCUGUGUCCGUCGGCACUGCCAUCAUCAUCAUCAUCGGCCUCGUGGGAGUCGGUGUCUGGAAGCUCCGAUCCGGGAAGAGGGAGGGGAAUGGAUACGACCCCGCACCCACCAGUGAGUCCCAGCAGCGUUUCCUCUCUGGGAACCAGGAAUAG